GACAAAUUUAAUUGUCAUUUUUGGCCAAAUAUCCUCUGUCAGGAGGACUCUAGGGUUUUACCUUGGAGAAAUUAGAAUAAAAUAAAAUAAUUUUUCCCUCCUUUUAUUUUUCUUUUCAUUUCCCUCUCCGUUCAUCAUUUUUUUUUGGCCUCGACGCCCUUUCGAAUUUAGGGUUGUGAAUAAUUAUUUGAUUCAUUAUCCGUUUCCUUUCGAGUUAAAAUUUCGUAUCGUCUUCUCCACCACUCGGAGCUUCUUCUACUUCUAGGCUUAAAUCCUCUCAGUCCACCACGCUCUCAACCCUCAUUUGAAUCGUAUGAAGGAUGUGUGCAUUGUUCACAGUUCUUGUCUCUGAAGUGGGACUCUAGAGUUUUUGAGAGGUUUUGAUUUUAAGAGGUUUGUUGCUGCAAUGGACUGCAACAAAGAAGAGGCUACAAGGGCGAUAAAUUUAGCAGAGGCAAAGAUGAAGGGUGGUGAUUUCGUUGGAGCUCAUAAACUGAUCAUGAAGGCUCGGAGACUCUUCCCCGAGCUGGAAAACAUACAGAAGCUGUUAGCCGUGUGUGAUGUGCAUUCCUCUGCUGAUAAGAAAAUUAAAGGGCUUGACGAUUGGUAUGGUAUCCUUCAGGUCCAGCCUUCUGCUGAUUCCGACACUAUUAAGAAGCAGUAUAGAAAGCUUUGUCUGCUUCUCCAUCCGGAUAAGAACAAGUUCCCUGGUGCGGAAGCUGCUUUCAAGUUGGUUGGGGAAGCAAACAGAUGGCUCUCUGAUCAGAGCAAACGUUCUCAGUAUGAUGUCAGAUACAGAUCCCAUUCGCUGUUUGCUAGCAAGGAGUCGAAUGCAAAUGCAAACUCUCUUCGCAACUCUUCAUCUGCGAAUGCUGCUGCGGUGAAUAUUGCGAGUGGGUUAACGUUUUGGACGUGUUGCAGAAGCUGUGGGCACAGGUAUAAAUACUUGAAAGUGUAUAUGAACCAACUUAUGCACUGUUCCUCUUGCCAGAAAUCUUACACUGCCUGCAACAUCGGGUCUGAUGGAGUGUCAUUUAGUGGUUCAACCGCUGGUGUAAAACAGUUUCAAGAUCAAGGGAUAUCUAGGCAGCAUCCUUCUACAGGAGCAGAAUCAGGAAGUUCAGCAGCUGAGAUGGAUCAGAAUGGGACAGUCGGAGGGAAACUCAACAAGAGGAAUCGGAAAAAACAGAAAAGAGGGUCUAAACCUGAGAGUGAAGCUGAAGGAGGAAGACCCCAGAAAGGUGAGACAGUUACCAAUAAUUCUGUGGAAGUACCUAAACCUGAUGUUUUGAAGCGGCAGCCUGAAGUAAAAGAACCUGAGACUAGUGCAGCAGCUGAGAUGAAUAAGAAUGGGACAGUCGGAAAGAAACCUAACAAGAGGAGUCAGAAGAAACAGAAAAGAGAGGCUGGUGACAAGAAACCCAAGAAAGAUGAGGGUUGUACAGAGAGUGAAGCUGAAGGAGGAAGACCCCAUAAAGGUGAAACAGUUACCAAUAAUUCUGUGGAAGUAGCUAAACCUGAUGCAUUGAAGCCGCAGCCUGAAGUAAAAGAACCUGAGACUAGUGCAGCAGCUGAGAUGGAUAAGAAUGGGACAGUCGGAGGGAAACUCAACAAGAGGGAGCAGGAAACUCAGAGCCAAGGUGCUGGUGACAGGAUGCCCGAGAAAGAUGAGGGUUGUACAGAGAAAGACCUUGAAGGAGCAGGACCCCAGAAAGGUGCUGAAAUACCUAAACCUGAUAUACUGAAGCCCCAGCCUGAAGAAAAAGAACCGCAGGCUAGUGCAGGGAAGUCAGUGCCUGAUUUAUCAGCUCAAAAGACGAAUCAGACAGCCAGAAAGAAGAGAAAAGCUGUUGAGGAAUCCUCUAUGAGUUUUGAAGUUGAUGGCUCUGAUGCAGCUGUCAAUGAAACACACACGGAUGAAUCUAAUAAGAGGAAGUUCUCAAGGAAGAAGCCGCAGGUUUCUUAUGCAGAGAAGAGAGGCAAUGGUGAUUCUGUAAUCCCUCCGACAAAAAAGAUGAAAUCAGGUUGUGAAGUUGAGUCUGAUGUUAAUACGAAGCAAACGGAUGAGAAUAAUACGUCACCGGAACUUGCUGAUAAAGGAAAAGCCAAGGAAAGUGAAGAUUCUGGAAAGAAAAACAUCUUGUCAGCCAAAAACAAAGAGAUUGAAAGCUGUGAUCGUAAUGGAGAAGACGAAGCUUUGUCGAGCAAGAUGGGUGAAGUUGAAAACGGACACAGAGCUAGUGAAAAUGGCAAUACGCUGGAUAUACCUGAUCCAGAAUUUAAUGUGUUUGAAGAUGAACGGAAACCAGAAAAUUUUGCUGUCAAUCAAGUGUGGUCUACCUGUGAUUCUAGAGAUGGUAUGCCACGGAGAUAUGCUCGAGUAAGGAAAGUGCUGUCUUCCGAUUUCAAGCUGCGAGUUACCUACCUAAAGCCUGUUCAGGAAAAUAAUGAUGAAAGCAUUCCAGUUACAUGGGGAAAGUUCAAUAAUGGAGAAACAAAGGAUGUCGAGAACCGCUCAAUUUUUUCAGGUCAGAUGCUUCACUCGGUCUGCAACAGGGUUGUUUCCAUAUACCCAAGGAAAGGAGAAAUUUGGGCUAUGUUCAGUGACUGGGAUGAGGAAUCGAGCACUCUAGAAAACCAUGAAUUGCCGUAUAAGUAUGACUUCGUGGAAAUUGUGAACGAUUUUAAGGAAGAGGCUGGUAUUGGAGCGGCUUAUUUGGGAAAAGUUAAAGGGUUUGUUUCCCUUUUUCAGCGGGAGGCGAAGAAUACAGUGUGUCAGGUUCAGUUUGCUCCAGAACGGAUGCUUAGAUUUUCUCACAAAGUUCCAGCCGUCAAAAUGACUGGAAUGGAGAAAGAAGGUGUUCCAGCUGGCUCAUAUGAACUGGACCCGACUGCACUGCCAAAAGAUAUAUUUCAGGCUGAAGCGGUUAAUGUGGAGAUGGAUAGUGAGACAAUGAAAGGAAAAGCUGAUAGCCCUGAUCCUGAAGCUCCGGAGACUGAAGUGAAUGCCAAGCCUGUUCCAGAGAUCGUUCCAUCUCCUCCAAGGAAACGUCAAAAAUCUGACGAUGAUGGCGGAUGCAGUAACCGUGAUAAGGUUUGUUCAACAUCUGUGUCAAUUGGGAAAGGGGAAGCCACCAAAGCCAAUGAUUCUUCUUCUAGUCAAGUUAGUAAAAAGAGCACACCGAACGGGUCUAGAAAGAAUGGGGAGGCGUCUGAUGCCUUCAAGCUGCGUAAAUCUCCUCGUCUUCAAACAAAUGCAAGCCAACAAAUAGAGGAGACGAAGAGUGCUAAACAAGGCGAUAAGAUGAAAACCCCAAAGACAACUGAUAAGGGUCUCGUGACUGUUUCUUUGGGAAUAAACAAAUCGUCCAAAGGCAUACAGCAACAGGUAGAAAGUCAGGUAGGAGAAGGCUCGAAGAAAAGAGGACGCAAUGGUGAAUCCAAACAGAAUGAUUUGCGAGCUCAGUUGGAUGGUUCUACUAAUAAGUCCCUUGAGACAACUCCUGUGUCAUCAAGUUGCAAAACGCCGCAAAGAAAUGCCUUCGACUUCAAUAACGAGAGAUCUGUGGACAAAUUCCGACGUGAUCAGAUAUGGGCUAUUUAUAGCGAUGACAAGGGAAUGCCCACAGAGUAUGUGAAGGUCAAGAAAGUGGAAACCAAGCCUGAGGUUGUGUUACAUGUAGCCCAUAUGGAGCUGUGUCCGCCAUCGACCGAACCCGUAACCCGCUCUGUGUCAUGUGGCGAGUUCAAAAUGGAAACUGGGAAACCCAAAACCCUUCCUCUAACGAGCUUCUCACAUCGGGUCAAACCUUUUGACGGUAAGCAGAAGAUAGUCAGAGUAUACCCAAGGAAAGGUGACAUCUGGGCUCUCCGUAAGAGCUGUGAUAGCACCAAAGCAGAGCAUGAUAUUGUAGAAGUGGUGGAAGGUUACUGUGAAGGGAAGAGCAUAAAGGCGAUGGCUUUGACUGCUAAAGGCUUCAGUUCUAUAUACACAAGGAAGCAUGGGUCACAUGUGAGUUCGUUAGUGGUUCCAAAGGCGGAAAUGAGUAGGUUUUCUCAUCAGAUUCCGGCGGUGAAACAGGAGAAGAGAGCAACACGGGUAGCUGAAGGAGGAUACUGGGAGCUUGACCCUGCAGCCAUUCCACCUCCCACCACCAUAGUCAUAGACUGACCCCAGUUCCUCCAGUAGGCGUUCGGUUUCUUAUAUCAAAUACUAUGUGUAGGUAAGUAUUAUUCUCAGUAAGUGAAGCUUAAAGUUUGGUGAUUGUGGAGAAGAGUAUCAGAUUAUAUAGUACUUACUGCCUUUUGUUGGGGAUAGCUUAUGAGUUGUUAUUAUUGUCUUAUCUGUUUCUCUGUUAGUAUUGUCUCAUCUCUUUUUCUGUGCAGCAGAUAAUCUUUCAGUUUAGCAGAAUCGACUGUUAACGGUUUGUAGCUUAUGAUUAACUUUCAUA